UAAAUAAAAAGUGUUGGUGUUGUAUUAACAACACACAGCUGUAAAAUAACACUGCCGGUGUAAGUUCUUACAUAUUUAAGUUGUUAAAUUCAAGCGUUAAUUAGUUGGUGUUGCUUAAGCCACGCCUUCGCUUUACGGCUGCAAAGUGCCGUCUGCUUUCUGUCGGUUUCCAGCAGUCGCUCGGUCGGACAUUACCGUUUCUUUUAACCCGCAGAAGACAAAAUUACUUCCUAAAGGUAAGCUAAAUGUCCAGACUUGAUGUUUUGAUAGAAAUGUGCUUUUUAGUUUGUGACAUCAAAAAAUAUACUAUAUUUAACCUAUUUUGAAUGGAAAGUUCACCAAAUUCAAGGUCCCGCCAUUUUACCAAAUCUAGGGAGCGGUAAAUUUGAAUUCUAAUAUUAUAUUUGGUCAGUUCUAGUAGUCAUUUUACAGCGUAAAUAUGACACGUCUGGCGGUAUGGCCUUAAAUAUUGUCGAUGUGUGCAUUUACAAAGCUAGCAAUACAAACUGCUAAUGAGCCUUCAAGAGGACGUGGGGGACGUUCCCUCCAAAAACCAUGCUAGCUAGCCAUUGAUCGCCAGGCUCUGAACCUUGCUGAGGCGCCCUCGCGCACGGCUGAGGAUUUCAUAGUUUUACUUUUGGACCUCUGCUGUCAUUGCAUUUAACAAACAGGAGCUGACUCCGCCUGGGCUAGCUCGCUAUCAUCGCCGUUUGCGCUUAUAUCAUUUAAACAAAAUUUGCCAUCUACCACAGAGCAGGGGCAGUUUCAUUCACAACGGGUGUGCGCACACUUGAUUUCGUGGGCUACAGAAAUCAAAAUGACAACCGGCAUAAACGGGAGAAGUUAGAGGAAAAGGGAAGAGCAAAGGAAAAUUUCAGGCUUUCUAUUUAAAAAAAAAAAAAUCAAAGCAUGAAAGGUAAAUACCAACCUUCAUGUAUUUUGAUACACAAAUUGAACAUUUAAUGCAAAAUUUAGGGCUGCAACAAUUCCUCGAGUAACUCAAAUAAUCCUAAAAAUCUUCGAUACAAAUUUGUUGCUUCGAUGUUUCCUUUUAAUGCUGCAGCUUAGGUGUCUCCGUGUAAGCGGAGCAUUUCAUUCACAUUAGGGACCCUUUAACUGGAGUGGAUAUUCGCUGACAGGUUUUUCCACGCCCCCACUGCGCUGUGCUGUGGGUGUGCGCAUGUGCGUUGUACUUGCUGUGCAGAGAAUGUUAGUUUCUUUUUUUUUUCUUUUUUUUUUUUUUUCUUUUCAGCAGCUGUUUUAAGUGAUGUCUGCACUUGCGCAGCCAUUACUGAGAUGGUGAGCUCAGGUGGCCUGAAAGGAAACGUUUUUCUAGUCCAAAACAGCAGGGCUUGUUCCUGUAAACACAGUUACAGACUUACAGAGACAGAGAAAAAUGAGCAGUAUGGAAGUUAAAAUAUGCAGAUGAACUGUUAAUAUGAAAAAUAAUUUCUUAUCCGAUUACUUGAUUAAUGGAUGAAGUAAUCAAUAAAAUACUUGAUUACAAAAAUAAUCCAUAGUUGCAGCGCUACUUGUGUUCAGAAAGCUAUAGUCAAACAUUAGUUUUCAGCACCAGUGCUUCUUUAAAAUAUCUGUAAUGUGUUGUCAAAGCUUGGAAUGUGUCCAUUUUUGUUCUGGAGAAAUGCUGGUGCAGGUGGAGCAUCAGGCAGUCCAGAAAUGGGUUCGGGUUCCAGUGACAGAUGACUGCUAUGAUUACUUGAAAUUCAUUCAAGAGGUUCAUGCUAAAUUCAACUUGGCAAGUGGAGUCUCUGUAGACCUGAAGGACUCAUCUGGAGUCGAUGUGGAUGCUGAUAUUUUUGAUGAACUCCUGAGGUCUGCUACAGUAUCUUUCAAAGUAGUCACUGAGCGCUUUGUGGCCCCUGUUGAUCAGAGUGAGGUCACAGAUGCUUCCUUCAGUUCUGAAGAUGGCUCAUUCUCGUCAGUCGAGUCUCCAAGCUCAGCAAGCUCAUCUUCUACAGUGAUUACAGAGAACACCAAAGCACAGAGAAGACGACUGGUUGAAGGACCACCUGACAGUGAGAUGGCAAAAAAUAUUGUCUAUGUAGCUCUGCACCAAAAACCAGGAGGAGAAGAUGUAAUAAAAGAGUACAACAAGACCAGAAGUCUCUCUGAUCCAACAAGAAAGAAACUUGUCAACAUUUUAGUGGCGGAUAUGAUUGAAAGUCAUGGGAGAGUCCCUCCUGUCAACAUUCGCAUUACCUACGCCCUGGGAAUUGUCACCCUCUUCCCCAGUUUGAAAGAUAAUGGCUCACCGACUGGCUAUGAGCAUUACUAUGAUCCUCUCAGUGGACAGGGCUAUCUGGCCUAUCGAUUGAAAACAGUUCAGCGUAACACUGCAAGUGACUUCAAGAGGAGCUCCAAGUCUGCUCAUCAAGGCGGUCCGAGAACUCUGAGGGAGACCUUAACAUCUGAACAGCUGUUUGGUGAUGGAUGCAAAGAAGCAAUGUCCAUGAUGAAACAUUCAUCAGACCAGGAAGUUGUCAGGGAGAAAAUGAAGGCAACAUUUAAGCAUAGACAGAAUAUGCUUCAUGAUCUGGACCAGUCAUCACUCAUCUUGGAUCACUUCCCAAGAUUCUUGGAUACACCAGGCUUAAUUGAGCAGGACUUCAUCAUGCUCUUUGGAGAAGACAUCUCGGGGAAGUUCAUCGCAAGAUGGCCAACAUUCUAUAAACCGAGGGUCACCACUGUCAGCAAAAGCCUUCGACAGAGUGCUCAUCUGGAUGACCUUCUGUCCACUCAGGAGGAAUCAAGUGAUUAUGAAUGGGAUAGUGACCUGGCAGCUAUUCUCCUGCUGGUUCAUCUCUUGCCUCCAACCGCGAAGGGGAAAAGACAGGGAAAAAUUAGUGCACCUCAGGCUGCUGACCGUGUUAUCAAGUUCAUGAAGGUGGGGACAAGCAUGGCGACCUUCCUUGCCAAAGUUGGAUCUGCACAGCCCUUCCUCCUCUGCGUUGGAGAAAAGAAGAGCAGGAUACAGAAAUUCUACAUCAUCCUGGAUCAGAAGCCCAUUCCCUGUGUGGCACAGACUGCAGUGGCUGCCUUCGAUGAACUGUUUAAGGCACACUUUGUGUUUGCUGUGUCCUAUGAUGCAACCCUCCUCAACUUCUACACAUUCAUCCAAACAACGGUUUAUGGCAUUGAUGUUGCAACAACAAAGGAGAGCCCCAGAGUCAAGAAAAUUAGAGUGAGGAUUAACAACACUUGAAUAUGCUAACAUGUUACAUUUGUAAGGUUCAGCACAGAAAUUGUUCAACUCUUUUCCAGCAUUUGAAAUUUAGUCAUGCUUUGUAUCCAGGGCACAAAUUGUGUUUGAAAUGUGGGGAACAUGGCUGUUCAUCUGUUUUUUACACGUAUUCUGGGUUCAAGAAGCACUUGCUGAAAGCACAUGGAGACACAUUUGCCACAGAUUCUGUUUAUAAGGGCAAUGUUGGUACAGAUAGUGUUGAGACAGAUGAUGUUUCUGCUCAUGACCCAUUGAGUAGCUCUUCUGUUGGUCAACAAAGUCAUGCUAAAAAGAAGCAGUUAAUGGAUAUGUGUAGCUCUGUUAUUGCCCAAGUUCAAGCAGCUGGAGUUUCUGAAAAUAUUGUGCAGUCUUUAACUUGUUCAAUGGAGGAGGUUGUUAAUGAUGUUCAUAUUCAAGCACAAGAUGCCGUUCUUAAGUGUCUUUCAUCUGAGGUGAAUGAACAAACCUUAAACAAAGUCAGAGAAUGUUUUGAGAACAUAGAAAAUCCAUUCACACACCUUAACACUGAAAGAAAGAGGCAAAAGUAUUUUGAAAAAAAAUGGAAAAUUGUUGAACCAGUAGAGCAUGUUCUUGGAGUACGUUAUGAUACACGUUUGGAUAAAACCACAGGUGUAUACAGUCAAAUUCCUGUUAAUGACAAAUUUAUGUAUGUACCUAUUUUAGGAACUCUUGAUUCAUUGUUCACCAACCAAGAACUCAGUACCUGCUUUCAACAGGUAAAGUGUCAUGAAGAUGGGAUAUAUAGAGACAUCAAUGAUGGUUCCUAUCUCAGAAAUCACUCAUUAUUUUCAGAGCAAGAACAUGCACUCCAAAUACAGCUGUAUUACGAUGAUUUUGAAACGGCAAAUCCACUGGGACCCAAAAGGGGUUCACAUAAACUUGGCUGUAUUUAUUUUAUUUUAAGAAAUUUGCCAGCUAAACUCAAUUCAGUUUUGAUGAACAUUCAUCUAGUUUCUCUUUUCCAUGCCGAGGACUUAAAGAAGUACGGUUUUGGUCCAGUCUUGCAGCCUCUUGUUAAUGACUUGAAAUGUCUCGAGACAGAAGGUAUUAAGGUCCCAUUUUCUGAUACACCAUUAAGGGGUUCAAUUGUUCAGGUUACUGGUGAUAAUUUGGCAUUGCAUAGCCUUUUUGGCUUGGUUGAAUCGUUCAGUGCAACUUACUGUUGUCGAUUUUGUUUAACUGAUAAAACAAAGCUUCAGUCAGUAUUCAGUGAGGAUGACCAAGACCUAAUUUUUCGCACAAAAGAGCUCUAUUCAGAACAUUUCAAUGCUGUGGCACAAAAUCCCAUUCUUGUCCAUUCUUUUGGUGUAAAAAGAGAAUGUCCUCUUAAUGCACUGCAGUAUUUUCAUUGUUCAAACAAUUACGCAGUUGAUAUUAUGCAUGACCUUUUGGAAGGUGUUGUGCAGUAUGAACUUCAGCUUCUUUUUCAGUACAUGGUUAGGACUUCCAUAGAUUUAAACACCCUUUCAGAAAGGAUACAGAGCUUUAACUAUGGAUACCUUGAGAGAAACAACAGACCUAGUGCAGUCAAAAUUGAUGGUAGCAAUGACCUUGGCCUCAAUGCUAUUCAGUCAUGGUGCCUCUUACGCAAUACACCCUUGAUUUUUGGAGAUAUAAUUAAUAGGAAUAACAGCUACUGGAGGGUAAUUCUUCUCUUGAUUCAAAUUGUCAAUAUUGUGUUCUCACCAAAAAUCACAGAUGGUAUGACUUAUUUCUUAAAGCAUUUGAUUUCUGACCAUCAUAAACUCUUUAAGUCUGUAUUUACAGACAAGAAGCUGAUUCCAAAACAUCAUCUGAUGAUUCAUUACCCCAGAUGCAUCAGAAAAAUAGGACCACUCAUCCAUGUGUGGUGUAUGAGAUUUGAAGGUAAACACAAUUUCUUCAAGAAAUCUGUGAAGAACUUUAAGAACAUAACCAAAACACUGGUAAAGAAGCACCAGAGGCAGCUGGCUUUUCAUUGGGAGAAUUUUUACUUUCAAAGGUUUCAGUUUGGUCCUCUUAAAGAUUACCCAAUAAGUGAACUAGAUUUCAGUGAGGUCUUAAGGUCUUGCCCCAGGUUGAAUGUGCCUUGUGUAUCCACAGCUUCAUGGGUGAAAAACUUUGGAACAGAAUACCAUAUUGGAAUGAUUGUCUGUACAAGUACUGAAAAUGAAAUGCCUGUUUUUCAAAAAAUUGUUAACAUCAUAGUCAAGGAUGAUGAAGCAUUUCUUUUGACUGCUAAAGUCAUUACAGAGUAUUUUGAUGAUCAUCUGAAUGCUUUCAGAAUAGAGAUUGUGGAUGAUGUGUUUGCUGUUAUCUGUAUCUCUGAUCUGAUAUAUUAUCAGCCUUACGACAGGCAGUUUUCAGCUGACAGUGAUGAAAUAACAUAUAUUGUGCCCCGCUGCUGUUUUAUAUGAGCUGUGCAUUGAAGGUCUUUAAUAUUUAAAUGGGUUUAAUAAAAGUUAAACUUUC